GCGGGUUUCCCUGCGGGCCCGAGUCGCCGUGAGGCGCCGCCAACUAAGCGCGCGCCACUGUCCCCAGGGUCAGCGAGUGACGCUGUCAGAAGACUCCUCUGCAGUACAGCGUGUAGCCUCGCCACCCCCACGGUGCGAGCGAGCGACGAUGAGAGCGGGUGACAGCGCCCGGAGCCUCCGCCCGGCCUCGGGGCAGCUGCACUGAGCCCGGCGCGCGGGGCCCAGUCCUCCACUCUCCCCAGCGCUCCCCGGCGUUCGCAGUGUCCCCGCACCAGCCGCUGCUAGCGGCCGCCGCGCCUGGGCCAUGGGGCUGCCCACUCUGGAGUUCAGCGAUUCGUAUUUGGACAGCCCGGAUUUUAGGGAGCGAUUGCAGUGUCACGAGAUCGAGCUGGAGAGAACCAACAAGUUCAUCAAAGAGCUGCUGAAGGAUGGCUCUCUGCUCAUCGGGGCGCUGAGAAAUCUGUCCAUGGCUGUACAGAAGUUUUCCCAGUCUCUGCAAGACUUCCAGUUUGAGUGUAUUGGAGACGCAGAAACUGAUGAUGAAAUUAGUAUUGCUCAGUCACUGAAAGAAUUUGCAAGGCUACUUAUUGCUGUAGAAGAAGAAAGGCGUAGACUGAUUCAAAAUGCUAAUGAUGUAUUAAUUGCACCCCUUGAGAAAUUUCGAAAAGAACAGAUCGGUGCAGCUAAAGAUGGAAAGAAGAAAUUUGACAAAGAGAGUGAAAAAUACUAUUCUAUUCUGGAUAAACAUCUGAAUUUAUCGGCUAAGAAAAAGGAGUCUCAUUUGCAAGAGGCAGAUUCACAGAUUGGCCGAGAACAUCAGAACUUCUAUGAAGCUUCAUUAGAAUAUGUCUUUAAGAUCCAAGAGGUUCAAGAGAAGAAGAAGUUUGAGUUUGUGGAACCGCUAUUGUCCUUCCUUCAGGGUUUGUUUACAUUUUACCACGAGGGAUAUGAACUUGCCCAGGAAUUUGCACCGUACAAGCAACAGCUACAGUUCAACUUGCAGAAUACAAGGAAUAACUUUGAAAGCACUCGGCAAGAAGUGGAGAGACUGAUGCAGAGGAUGAAGUCUGCCAAUCAAGAUUAUAGACCUCCCAGCCAGUGGACCAUGGAGGGCUAUCUUUACGUCCAGGAGAAAAGACCACUGGGUUUCACAUGGACUAAACACUACUGUACUUACGACAAAGGAAGCAAAAUGUUCACAAUGAGCGUCUCCGAUGUGAAAGCCAGUGGGAAGAUGAACGGCCUUGUUACUGGUUCGCCUGAAAUGUUUAAAUUAAAGUCGUGUAUCCGACGGAAGACAGAUUCCAUUGACAAGCGCUUCUGCUUUGACAUAGAAGUGGUCGAAAGGCAUGGCAUCAUUACGCUACAGGCAUUCUCUGAAGCUAACCGGAAGCUCUGGCUGGAGGCCAUGGACGGGAAAGAACCGAUUUACACGCUACCCGCCAUAAUUAGCAAGAAAGAAGAAAUGUACUUAAAUGAAGCAGGGUUCAACUUUGUGAGAAAAUGCAUUCAAGCUGUAGAAAUGAGAGGCAUCACCAUCUUGGGCCUGUACCGAAUAGGAGGAGUGAACUCCAAGGUCCAGAAACUCAUGAACACCACAUUUUCUCCCAAGUCCCCUCCUGAUAUGGACAUUGAUAUUGAGCUGUGGGACAAUAAGACUAUAACGAGUGGGCUGAAAAACUACCUCAGGUGCCUUGCUGAACCAUUAAUGACUUACAAAUUGCACAAGGAUUUCAUCAUUGCUGUCAAGUCAGACGACCAAAACUACAGGGUGGAGGCCGUCCAUGCACUGGUACACAAAUUGCCGGAGAAAAACAGAGAAAUGCUGGACAUCUUGAUAAAACACCUUCUCAAAGUAUCACUACAUAGCCAACAAAAUCUUAUGACCAUCUCAAAUCUCGGUGUCAUAUUUGGUCCAACCCUGAUGAGAGCACAGGAGGAAACUGUGGCUGCCAUGAUGAACAUCAAAUUUCAGAACAUAGUGGUGGAAAUCCUAAUCGAGCACUAUGAGAAGAUUUUUCAUACUGCCCCAGACCCAACCAUUCCUCUUCCUCAGCCUCAGUCUCGAUCUGGAUCCCGAAGAACCCGGGCCAUCUGCCUGUCCACAGGUUCUCGGAAGCCCAGAGGGAGGUACACGCCGUGCCUGGCAGAGCCUGAUAGUGACUCCUACAGCAGCAGCCCAGACAGCACUCCCAUGGGCAGCAUAGAGUCACUCUCCUCUCACUCUUCUGAACAAAACAGCACCACAAAAUCCACUGCCUGCCAGCCCAGGGAGAAGUCAGGAGGGAUUCCCUGGAUCACAGCCCCAUCAUCUUCCAAUGGACAGAAAAGUCAGGGUCUCUGGACAACUAGUCCAGAAUCAAGUUCUCGAGAAGAUGCAACCAAAACAGAUGUGGAGUCAGAUUGCCAGAGUGUGGCCUCCAUCACAAGCCCGGGGAAUGUCUCUCCCCCCAUAGACCUAGUCAAAAAAGGGCCCUAUGGGCUCUCAGGACUGAAAAGAUCCUCUGCUUCUUCCUCUCUCAGAUCCAUCUCUGCAGCUGAAGGAAACAAGAGCUACAGUGGAUCCAUUCAAAGCUUAACUUCUAUAGGCUCCAAAGAGUCACCCAAAGCCAUACCAAACCCAGAGCUGCCUCCAAAAAUGUGCAGGAGGUUAAGGCUAGACACUGCCUCCAGCAAUGGCUACCAGCGACCUGGCUCAGUAGUGGCAGCAAAGGCUCAACUAUUUGAAAAUGCUGGGUCACCCAAGCCAGUUUCUUCUGGACGCCAAGCCAAAGCCAUGUACUCCUGCAAAGCAGAACACAGCCAUGAGCUGUCCUUCCCCCAGGGGGCCAUUUUUUCCAAUGUACACCCGUCGGUGGAGCCAGGGUGGCUAAAGGCAACUUAUGAAGGCAGAACAGGACUAGUCCCUGAAAACUACGUUGUCUUCCUCUAAUAGUAUUAGUGGAUGGCAGUAUCUUCAUGGUAUCCAUGGUAACACAUAAUAAGUGCUAUAAUUUUAUCUGACACAGAUAUGAGGGACCAGCCACUAAAAGAAACAUCUAUGUGUCUCAACUUUUUCACCAGCAGACUUUGUAGCUCCCAUGACGGAAAGAGAAACAUAAAUAUUUGCAUCAUAGCCAUUCUUUUGGCUGUUUUCUUACUUUUAAAAUAUGCUUGUUUAUUUUUGAAUAAGAAGUGAUUUUCAACAGUCUACUCUCUCUAGCAGUUGCAGAAUUUUAGAUCCUGAGCUCAAUUCUGCAUACCCAAAAUAUGGAAGUCAGAAAUCUGCUGUACCCAUGUUAAGAUCUGUUCCUUAUUGCCUGAUAGUCUCUGGGGAACCUUGAAAUCAUUACUUUAAAAAUGUAAUUUAAAUUGUUCAUUUAUUAUUUUUGUUCUUUUUAAAUAUACUGUUUUUAUGUGUGAUUAUUUUGCUGGUCCUAAACAUUUCAAGAAAAUCAGUCUUUGUUUUAUCAUAACUAUAUUUUAUUUGUUUUCUAAAAUGAUAGUAUCUGAAAGCAAUAGUGUAUAUGAUGUCUGUAAAGUAAGCGAGUGUAAGUCAAACACUGAUUCUACCAUAAGCAGUCCAUCCAGAAUAUUAGAUGGCUUCUCUGGCUUCUGAGCAAAAGUCAAAGAAAUAAGUCUAUAAAGCCUGUAAGUAAAUAAUUUGUUGCAGGCUAGAUUUGACUUGUGAAGCACAGAUGAAUAACCCUUCCUUUAGAAGUCAUGUACACCUAUCUUGAGACUUUUAUAAAAUUUUCUAUUAAAACACACGUGUUAAUAAAUCACAUGUGCAUAUUUUUUGCUUCCUAUCAGUAUUGUGACAUUAUAGUGACCAUUGUGGGUGAACUGUAAGGAUGUGGUGUAACAUGCAGCCUGCCCACUUGAAAUGCCUCCAAGUAUUUUAAUGAUGGGGAAGUUUGGGCUUCGGAUGCUCUUGUAUAAAUGAUAAAAGCAUUGUUUGCAAAUCUGAAUUGGGAAAUUAUGCCUUCUAAACUUUUUUUAGUGGAAACAGGAAACAAACACCAAAGUACUCGAUUCUUAGACCACAAAGUCUGCUUUUUUAAAAAGAUUUAUUUAUUUAUAUAAAUGUUUUGUCUGCAUGUGUGUAAGUGUACUACAUGUAUGCCUUUUACCCAUGAAAGUCAGAAAAGGGAGGUAGAUAGCCUUGAACUGGAGUUACAGAGGCUACUGAGUUACAAAUAGGACUUCAAAUUGGGUCCUCUGGGAGAGCAACAAGUACUUCUAACCACUGAGUUAUCUCUCUAGCCCCAGACCACAGAGUUUAAAAGCAAACAAGCCAUCAUGGUUAACAGGAGUGAGAUUUACAAGGUUUUCUUCUAUGGCAUUCAGCCAUAGCCUUUCCUAUGAAUUCCACUGAAUUAUAGACCUCAUACAGUAGAGAGGUACUUAGUCUCCAUUAUUAUGUUAUCAACAAAGGGUUCUAUAUCAGCCACUUCUUCUAUUAUAACAUAUUUCAGUAAUUUCAACAUAAAAUUCCUAUGAAUAUCUACAAUCACAAAAAGCCUUUCUUCCCCAUAGCCUAAAAGGUUGUCUCACCAGAGCCUCUCCAUGUGGCCUUGUUAUCUAACUGACUUCUUCAAUGUUUUCUCUAGUUCAUAUACACUCAGGUGUCUAAAGAGCUUACAUGUUAUAGCCUAGGGUCUCAGUUCAUUCUUCAUUACAUCAAAAUUUCUAGGGAAAAUAAGCAGAGUAUACAUACAAUGUUAUGCAUCAGUAUAUCUAUGAUUUUAAAUGAAAUAAGAUAAUGGAUUAGAGUUAAUGUGUAGAGAGUAACAGUUGACAGACAGAUGCAUCCAGAAAUUACAGGAGCGAACUGAAUGCAAUGGGUGUCUCAUAAAGACAAUGACAUGAUAGGUAACUGAUAAAAGUUUGGCUCCUUCUUUUUCUUUCCUCCUUAUUCUAGUCCUUGUACACUGCAGUGAGGUAUUGCUAAACUCCUUGGUCAAGGUAGAGCCUGAUGUUUUUUAGUAUAUUAAUAACAUUCCUGUCUCUGGUAACCAUUUUCUGAGACAAAAGGUAGCUUUUAUAAUGCACCAGUAGCCUGACUACGUGGCUUUCUGUUGAAGCCCUUUGUCAUUAACCUCUUGCAUAGUGUUAGAUCAGAACCCCUAAAGAGAAGCUGGUUUGCUCUCAAAGACCAGCUUGACAGUAAAGAUUCAAUAUCUUCGUCCACUGCUGAUGCACAAAGAAAUCCCAACUUUUCCUUUUAUUUUAAUGUAGAUCCCAGCAUUCCUGACUCCCAGUUGUCUGUGAGCUAAACCAACAGAUGCUUACUGGGGACUUAGAGCUUAGUAGGACAUGGGUAUGAAAGCCAGCUCUGCUUUCUGAUGGUGAGAUCUACUCUGUGUCAUUAUUUGUUGAAGUUCCUUCCCUGAAACAAGACAUAAACAUGCUGGUUCAUGUUGCACUUGUGCUUGCGAUUUAACCUUUUAGAAUUUUUUUCUUCAUGUUAAUUAUAUAUGUAAGGAAACCAUGAUGAUAUAUGGGAGAGAGGCUAAGGGUACUUUCUUCCUGAAUUAAGUACCCUAAAGAUGAAGUAUGCAGGAGCACUACAAAAAAUGAAGAUGUGUGUUCUGGAGUACAUGGAAGGUGUGCUGGACAGGAGAGCAUUGCGGUGAUGGAAGAGUCAUGUCUCAAACUGUGAUACUAUUCAUGACAUGAAGAACUUACCUGUGAGACAGUGGGAUGAACUGUCAUAUGUACACCCUGAAAGCUGCAAUAUACAUCCAAAUAAAUGCCUAUAGUUUGAUCAAUGUGAGGACGUCUUGGGGGUUGAUGUAAUUCCCUUGGGUGUUCUCUGCAAGUAUCCUUGGGUUUGCAACACUGUUGUAUUUGGCAGGUGAUUUUUGACCUAUUCUGCCAUCCCACUUCAUUUGGUUCAUACAAGUUAGUCAUUCAACUGAACAAUUUUCCUAAUGUAUUGUGUGUCAGUAUCUGAAAAGUACAAUAAACUUUCAAUCUCUCCAGUGUCCAUGCAGUGUGAAGAAGCAUUAUCUCCCUGCUUGCUGGUGUGAUUCAUUGUGUUAUAGGUAGGACUGAAAUAUUCACCAAUAGCCCCAUUGUGGAAAGACUUUGUCAGAGAGAUAGUGGGUUAAAGAUAUAAAAGAUAUACUUUAUAUUUCUGUUAAUCCCCAACUACUGAGACACCAAGUAGUGACAAUAAAAAUGCAUGAGACGUC